GGCUGCAAAAGCAAAUAUCAAACAGCCCGCACAGCAACUGAAAAAAGCGACGCGAACCACGCGUCCGUGCCCCCGUUUAAAACUAACACGAAAGUGCAAAACAGCUUCCCUUCGAAAGUAAAUGUUAUAUAAAAGUAUUCAGAGAUAUCACCCAACAUGUAAUGUAGCGCGGUUCUUGUCUGCAUAACAUUCGGUCACACAUUGUACGCACCACAUUCGAAGCUCGCAGCCGACGCCUAAAAAGGCGAAGCAAAAUACCGGGAAUUUUUUGAUAAUUAUAUUAUUGUGCUGGCAUUAGUCAAUAUAAUUUCAAUAUGGAGACCAAGAGUGCUGUUCGCACUAUUAUGAGCGUUCAGCAGCAGCUGGAUCGACAGAGCCAGGAAGCGGAGAUGCGGAACAAAGCAAUUGGCAAGAACAACAAGCUGUGGGAGCACUUUGUGCGUAUGUCGGAGUUUAUGGCCAAAUGCAAGCACUGUGGGAAGAUAUUAUCCUCCAAACACUCGUCGUCCAACUUGAUGCGUCACAUAGUGCGCCGCCAUCACAAUCUCUCGAAGACUUUAGACCACUCGCAUCAUCACUUGAUGGCGCCCAAAAAAGAGAUCGUGUGCAACGUUGAGAGCAGGCAGAUGGCGGAUCCACUGGAGAAAGUCAACUUCGAUGAUGUAGAUAGCAUUAUUGAGAAGGUGACGGAUCAUUUGGAGGACGAGGUAACUUCGAUUUCGCUGCAGGAACCCUUUUACGAGUACGUCGUCGACAACACCUUAGACGUUGGGGAUAAGCAUGAUUAUCCCGAAUCGAGCGACAUGCACCACAUAGUCCGAGCGGACUCCGCCUCGCUUUCGGAGACCACCACGAAAAUGGACGAGAAGCUCAAAGCUGAGACAAUAUACUUUAAUGAGAUGGCCGAAUUGGCCAGAUCCAAGCGGAGACUAAUCGACCUGCAGGCCAAGAAGCUCCUCCUCGAUAUGAACGUUCUGGAAAACUAACAACAACACAACGGCACACAGGCGGAGACGUUUAUUUUAAUACGUAUAUAUAUUAUGUAGAUGAAAUGGAUGGGCGAUAUGAUUAAGUAUGUAACAAAUUAUAAUUUAAACAAUAAUUAUAUUGGCCUGUUUAUUA